AUGGUUGCCCACCUAAGCGACUUUGGUAUUUCAAAACUGCUUGGUGAAGAUGAGAGUGAUUUAUACACAAAAACCUUAGCAACAUUUGGUUAUAUUGCACCGGAGUAUGGACUGGAUGGACUGGUGUCAAUAAAAUGUGAUGUCUAUAGUUACGGGAUUAUGUUGCUGGAAACAUUUACUAGGAGAAAGCCUACUGAGUUUGAGGGAGAUCUUAGCUUGAAGCAAUGGGUGAGUUAUUCACUCCCAGAGGCAGUAAUGGACGUUAUGGAUGCCAACCUGGUUACACCAAUGGAUAAUCGCUUACAGAAGGAGCUAGAUGUUAUGGCAUCAAUCAUGAAAGUGGCAUUAGAUUGCUGUGCUGAAUCUCUGGCAAGAAGGACAAACAUGAAAGAUGUUGUAGGGAUGCUACAGAAGAUCAAGAUUCAACUUCUUGCAUGCUGA